CGAAUUCGUUAUAUAUCUCAAAUUAGCUCCUUUUGUACUGGGUGCGUGUAGAAGUGACUUAUUGCCUAGCACGUCCAAAAUCUCACAUGCAGUAGUGCAAUCAAUUCGCAUUCCGUCAAGCAACCUCUUUUGCAAUUGGUGUGACCCUAUCCAAUCAACUUCGUUUUUUCAAGUCGCCAUGAGUUCUGCAGUGGUCGAGCUCUCAUUCGAGAACUCUCGGAAGCCAGCGCGCGAUCAGCUGCUUAUUCCCGAGCGUACUCGCAAGCGAUUUGAAGCAGCAGGUAUUGAUCUUAGCAACGGCUACCCGGCAAUCCCGCCCCCAUUUCAGAGCGUUCAAGAAGCCGAGAGCAUUUUCUCCAAGGAUCGUGACUUCGUUGAUCGAGGUACAUUUGCCCGCAAAGACAAAAAGGCACUUUUUGAGGCCGCUGAAAAGGUCAUUCACCUCACGAAUCAUGUCGGAACCGAGAUCGUCGGUCUACAGCUCAAAGACUUGACAGAUGAACAGAAAGACGAUUUGGCUCUGUUGAUCGCGGAACGGUGUGUGGUGUUCUUUCGUGACCAGGAGAUUAGUCCACAGGAGCAAGUCUCCUUAGCUCAAUAUUUGGGGGAGCUCUACCCUCAAGGUGGCCACGUACCAGGGCUUCCGGAGGUGGCGGUCAUCUGGCCGGAUUUCUUCGCCAAAACCAUAAGGAAGCCCGACUAUCGUAAUCCUUUCCAGGGUUGGCACACGGACGUGGCGCAUGAGCGCUAUCCUCCUGGCAUCACUCAUCUACACAUGGAUGCCGUACCGGAGUUCGGAGGGGACCUCCUGUGGGCGAGCGGAUAUGACGCGUACUCCAAGCUCUCACCGAAAUUCCGCAAAAUGAUUGAUGGUUUGCACGCUGUGGUAAGAUCCCGGGAAUCAUUUCCAGACCUUGAUAAGCCAAAUGCAAAUCCGAGACCAGCAGAGAGGGUACAUCCUCUCGUGCGCGUGCAUCCUGUCACUGGGUGGAAGAGUCUGUACCUAAGUAGAGCCUGGACUGUGAGGAUUGUAGGGCUGGACAAAUCAGAAAGUGAUCUGAUACUCAGCCACUUGCUCACAGUUUAUGAGAACAACGCGGAUACUCAGGUCCGGUUCAAAUGGACACCGGGAAGCUCCGCGCUCUGGGAUAACAGAAUCUCACUCCACACCGCUAGCUGGGACUAUGAGAAUAAGGUAGAGAGGCAUGGGACAAGAGUUACUAUUUUGGGAGAAGAACCUUACUUCGACGAGAAAGCAACGUCAAGACGGGUGGCCUUAGGUUUAGAAGAUCCUCAGUAAAAGCUUCGAUACUUCCCUCAGCGCGGGACUCGUUGGGGUUGGUUGUAGCGCAGUCUUUGAGAAAUUAUUUCCGGAUCCUUGUAGGCUAAAGUGUUUAAGGAUCAGGCUGAUGAAAGGAUGUUUUUAGUAUCAAG